AUUAAUUUUCGACUGAGCGAGGAAGAAGGCAGAGAAGGACGACAGUUUACGCAGAGAGAACGAAGAAGCCCGAACAAAAGGAAAAUCAUCGGAAGAGUGACGUCGCAAGAUGCAGUACAAGACUCUAAAGGAGUUGCUGUCAUGCAAGGCCGGUGAUGCAGCACCAUAUCCGACAACAAUGGUGAGAGUAUGUGUAAUCAAAGUUGGCCACACUGCAACUUUCAACAGCUCAAACGGGGAAAAAGGCCAGAUGCUGAACUUCAGUGUCGCUGAUGCUACUGAAGCCAUGACGGCUACAUUAAGUGACGAGACGAAGUUCAGCCAAAUAAGAGAAGGACGCUCCCUCACUCUGAGAAAUUUCUUGGUUAAAGGCACCCGUUUGGUUUUAUCCAAACAGACAAAGAUAAUGGCAGGACAAAUGGUCACCGUUCCAAAAGAACUCUCUUUGAAGGGAAUCGGCCUCAUUACUCCACAGUCACCAAAGAAGAGUCUGAAAGAAAUUCUUGAUGCCCCAGUAAAAUCGAUCUCCACUGUUCAAGGGGAAGUUGUGAAAGAUGAGGCCAUCAAGACAGUACAAGUCAACCAGACGGAGACCAAAGUGAGAACGAUUACGAUACAAGAUAGCGAUGCGGAAAUAGAGUUAACUCUUUGGAGGGAAUUGGCAAAUCAGCCAAUUACCAUUGGUGAUUAUGUAGAAGUGUCACACUGUGUUGUUGCAGAGUGGCAAAGAAGAAAAACCCUGAACUCCACCCGCAACACUGUAGUGAAGAAGACACAACCACAAGAGAGAAAAGUUACAGGGCAAGUGGAAGCCAUUUCAUUUGGAGAUGCUACCUGUGAGGUUUGUCUUCAGGAGAAUGGGAUUUUCAGAGACUAUGUCGUAGAUAUAGACAUGAUAAGAGGACAGUUGCAACGUUUUGGGGAUGUGUCACAGAUGACCGUCGAGCAGAUGGAAGACGUCAUUGUGCAGAGACUUCCGUUUCAAGUACAAAUAACUGCAAUUGGAAUGUCCGUCCAAAGUAUUCUGCUUUAAAUUGUUUAAACUUUACAAUGCCCUGAGUAGUGCCAAAAUUGGGCCAUGCCAAAUUGCAGAACCAUCAAUUUCCUAUUAACUUCAAACAUUCCACAUUGGAUAUAAAUUCACAAUAAACCUAAAAAAGUGAAUAGAGCAUGGGUCAGAGUGAUUGUUUGAAAUAAACUUACAUCUGAUUCAUUUACUCAUGAAAUUCAGCAUAACAAUAAUGUCCACCAAUAUUCCAAAUGUUUGGUUUAUUGUCUAAAUUUCAUUGUUUUUGAACUUGAACUAAAACUUAAUACGAAAAUAUCUAUCAUUUACAUUUGUGAUGAAACUACCGGUAAGUGUUCAAAAUAAUUUGCAAUUCUGAUGCAUAAUUUCUUGUGAGUGCCAAUAUUUACACAAUUUUCUCAUUUUUUAAAACAGAAAUAAAUCUCCAAAAAAUGUGCCAAAUCAAAAUUAAAUGCCUGGAGAGAAUUCUUUUGAGUUCAAAAUGUUAUGUACAGUUUUUUUUGUAUGAAAAAAAAAUCUUCUUAUACAUCAAACACUAUAAUGUUGCAACAGUUUUUUUUAAUAUAUGCAAUUGUUCCUAAACUAUGCAUUUCAACUCCUAUUUGUGCCAAUUAUAUUUAUUUUCUCCUUAAAAUCUCAAACAUGUCAGAUAUUGUAACCAUAUUUCUCCACAAAAUGUAUAUUCCUAUUAUUUUGUAUAAAAUAUUCUGCUUCAAGUUAAACGUUUUUGUAAAUAUAUCUUAUGUUAGUGAUGCUUGUUUAUAUUUUUAGUAGAUGUGCUUAGACUAUAAAGUAUGUUGUAGUGUUUUGUUAUUCCUAUCAUUUGUUUUUAAUAAUUCCUCUCCCCUUGAAUAAAAAUGUGCUCAGGUUUAUCAAACCAAACCAAAAUGAAACUAUGAUAGAUUGUUAACUUUGUACUAUACCUUAUUAUAUACCAAUAACUUGAUUUAAUAUCAAACAAGGGAGAUAUUUCAGUUUUUCCUGUUAACAGU